AUGGAUGAAGUUGGAAACCAGAGGCUUUGGAGACCCGAGGGACUCAGCAGGACCCUCAGCCGGGCCAGCGAGGCCCGGAGUGGAAUCAGGCAAAGGAAAUCAUCCUACAGGGCCUCAACAGGCAGACUAAGACAUCAAAUACCCCUGCCGAAUGUAAACGCACAGGCUCAGGUGUUCGCAGGGGCUCUAGAGACGGCCCAGAACCGGCAACAAGAUGCGUACCAAACUAUUUGGGAGCAAUUACAAACACAACUGGCAAAGGAAAUAUCCGACUGGAAAGCAGAGCAGCAGAUCCAUGACGGCCUCUAUCAAGAGCGAAUUACCGGACUGGAAUUGGAAGUUAGCAAGCUCCGUACAGAGCUCACAGAUGCCAAACGUACUAUUCAACAGCUUGAAUCGCAAAGGCAGAAUACCCCGGUAAUCAGCACCCAAGGCCCCCGAGCAGGUCAACACAACCAGAACCAAGUUCCCAAGGCUAGAGGAAUCUUGAAUCAGAUACCAAGACAGAAACCAACUUUCGCAGAUCUGGCUGCUCUGCUCUCCACGAAGCCAGAAGGACAGGAAUGGCAGGAAAUCACUCAGAAAAAGAAGAAGCAAAAAUACCAACAAGCUAGAGCAGCCCUAGCAAGUGGCCGGCCUGACCCAACCAAACUUCAGCCAGCCAAGAACUGCCCAAAGGAAGCACGGAAACUACUGUUCCGCCGGGAGGGUAGUAAGGACGCUCCAAGAUCUGAAAAGGAGGAUAUAAUAUUGGCUAUCAAUCGAGCGGUAGCAGACAAAGGCCUUCUAACAUUUAUCCGAGCUGUGGACGCAGGGUACAUAAAUACAGGAGCAAUCACGAUUCUCCUAGAUAAAGGUACCUUGAGCUCCAUGUUGCUACCCAGUUAUAAAGACCUGUUGGUUACUGCAGCUCGACAGGCAGACCCAUUUGUAAUAUCUAUUGAGCAGCCAGAGCAAUGGUACCGUGUCAAAGUCUACGGAGUCCCAAUCAGACGAUACCUCAGCUGCGGCCUGAGUCUGGCUCGUGCGAAGAUUGAACUAGGCACUGAGUAUCACCUGAAAAGGAACCCAACAUGGCUCCGAAGCUUAAAAGACCUGCAGAGCAGUGACCGAAAGGGCUCAACUAUUGUUCUUACAGUGGGCUCACUAGACGAGGCCCGCAGGCUCCUAGUUAACGGCAUUCGUUUUGGAGGGUCUAGAUACAGGACAGAGCAGUACUGGGAAACGGGAGCUGAUACAGUCUGCCGCCGAUGCUGCCAGCUGGGCUACCGCAGUUUUAAGGCCUGCGGAGGCCGCCCGCCAUGUUAUUUUAUAUGUGCAGGCCCUCAUGAAGGCACGGAACACGUCUGUCGGGUAGUAGACUGCCCAGCGAAGCCAGGGACUGCUUGCAAGCACAUUCCAGCCAGAUGUGGUGCCUGCAGCGGUCCACAUCCGGCAACAGCGAGUAACUGUCCAGCCAAACGAGCAGUGAGAAAGGAGCUAAAAAAGAGGAAUAGCGAGCAAAAGGAACUACCUCAGCAAGAUAAGAGCCCUCGACAGACAAGUAACCAAGAACCAGCCACUCCGAGCUCUCCCUCGUUCACUGUGAUCAACCGAGACCGGAAAAGAGCAGGGCUACGGAGCACCUCAGCCCCCAGCAGUCCCCGGACCCAGUGUAAUCUGGCACCUGAGUCUAUGGCUACCAGUAUCUAG